AUGCGAACACAACUCGUCUGCAACGCGCUUUCCGAAAUGUUGUGGCAAGCUUCUCUUACACUCUUCAUUAUGAGUUCCGUGUGCGAUGCUAUCGUCACCGUAUACCCAUUUGAUGCACCGUAUUCGGAUGUUAAGUCCAUGUAUGUCACGACCAGAGAGCCCGAAUCAACUGAGUGGGAUGAUUUGUGCAACUGGCUGCGUCACAAAAGACCGUAUGGCUGGCAGUUGGGUUUGAUAGACCGGUGUCAAGUUCACAAACAGGACCGAGGAACUGUGACUAUGAAGAUUGAACUAUUAUUCCAUAAACUUCCGCAUCUCCUACACACUGUGCCUACUGACCUUCAGUCGUGGGCCCUCAACUGGAUGUUCUGGGUUGAAAAAGAACCCUGUAUUACAAUUGUUGACGUACCUGGUCGUGUGCUUUUUGACAGUGUACAGCGUAAGCUCCUCUAUAAAUCCACUGUCGCUUGA